UCAUACAGCUGAACAUUGCAAACCAAACAAACUGCCUUGCUUCAUUCAGCUUAUAUCUUCGCCACAAGUAUGUUGACAUAUUAUGGUUUUAGUUGUUUCCCAUUCACUCAAGCCAUUGUAUGAUUCGUCCAAGACUCGAACGUGCCAAGAAGCAGAGGCUUUAUUUGUUGGCAGUAACUAAUAGUGAAGUAGGAAGUCCUAGUUUUGCUAUACUAGGUUCAACAGGGAAUGUUUAUACAGUUUGGUUUCAAAGUGGCUGUCCAAAAUGUAACUGUAUAGACCAUAGAGUGAGGAAGACUUUGUGUAAACACGUUAUCUUUGUAUUGUUGCGAAUCCUUAAGGUUCCUGAGGAACAAAUUGAAAAGUUCUGUAGUAGUUGUGGAAGCGAGUCAGAGUUACAACGCUAUCUCAGAAACGUUACUCUCCUCGUUGAUACACAAUAUAUUGCUCCACAAAAUACUGUGGAAGACUUCAAGUCGAUUGUUGGUGACCUUGAUGGCUCUUUUUCGUCGCUAAGGAAGCCUCCAGUUCCUCGAAGAGAGGAGAACACGGAGUGUCCUAUAUGUUUUGAAAACUUUUCAACAGAAGAAGGUGCGGAACCCAUUCUUUAUUGUAAAUGGGGUUGUGGCAAUGCAGUACAUAAAGAUUGCUUUGACAAAUGGUCCUGUUCAAAGGUUGAAGCUGGCCAGGAAGUGACUUGUGUAUAUUGUCGAACACCGUGGGAGAAAACUGAAGGUUCGAAAAAAGAAACGAGGCAGAUUCUUUCCGGAAGAAGACUUAUCAAACUGCGAAAUCCGUAUGAGAGGGAAAACAUCCUGAUACAGAGAACACUUUCUUCGAAGCUCUCUAGGAAGAAGGGUCGGAAGGGACCCUCAAAGGUUCAAAGGACGAAGAAAACCAGCAAAGGCUGCGCAGAAGUCUCAGAAAUAAAAAAGCCAAAUCUGUCGAAAUCUAGCACUAAAAAAGGGGUCAGGAAAGGUUCUCGAUGUUAAGUUGAAUUUUAAUAGUGGAAGCAAACCGGGUCCACGAGUAGUUCGGUCACUUGAAUAUGGCAGUUGCUAGAUGUGAAUGGAAUAGGGAUGAAGAAUAUGUGGAUAGUGUUCAAUGCUGUGAACUUUGGUAUAUAUUUGUAUAGUGUUAUUCUAUUGGUAUAAUUCUACUUCAUCCGUGCUCCCCACAAAUGAUUACGGUUGUCAGAUGGAGAACUAUCCUAAUUUACUGCCUGAAAGUUGCCAUUUUCCAUAAUGCAUUGAGUUUCAUCAGCAGACAGAGUUCUGUAGCAUGGUAUUAGCCACUUUGUGCUAGUUUAGCUUUAUUGUUAUUAAAGUUUCUGAAAUCAUGUUGAAUAAACCACUUAUCGAAAUUUGUUACGCUCUUCAUGCUUUUGACUACUUGAAAUGGCUGAUAGUUCAAAUUCUUUCAAAGUCAAGUCCUGAGGACUAGUUGCUACAAAAA